AUGGCGGCAACUGCAAGCAAACGAGCCUCAGUCAACCUCUCACUUGACACCACAGCACCUUUGGUGAUACUCUCCUCUUCGACCUUGGCAACGUCAACCAAAUUCAAUGCUGCCACGAACACCCAUCGAGCAGUAGGCGUCUGGUCCAGCGAAGAGCACGACCGAUUCCUCGAAGCACUCAAAAAAUACCCACAGGGACCCUGGAAAGCAAUCACAAAAUUUGUUAGUACCCGAUCUGUCCGUCAGGUGCAAACACACGCACAGAAAUAUCAGGAGAAAGUCUCUCGCCGUCUUAACGGUUUGCAAACGGGUAAGACUAUUCGUCUACGCCGCGAACACCGCAUCGACCACGAGGUUUUAGCACAACACACGCUUAUUAGUUUUUCUUCUGAACUACGGAACAAGUAUGCACGUCCAAGCCACCACCACGAGGUAAAACCCGUUCCAGUAUCGAUGCCACCUGUGACCGGGAUGCCCCUACCUGAUCAUGUUAAAACGCUUCGCCUCCAGUGUCCUACGAAUGUUCCUGUGGCGUUCGAUGAAGCAGAUAUCUGCCCGAUCAUAAACAACAACGGAUCUUCACCGUCCUCUGUGUCGUCGUCUUUUCUCUUUGAUGACGCAGGCUUUGCUUUCACGGACAUGGACGAUCUCCCGACAUUGAGCGAGUCACUCGACUUUUUCAUUGAGAACUUUUCGUGA